GCCAGCAGCCCUCGAACCUACCGCUUCCGCUUCAAAGCCUCGUUCUUCUACUUCCAAAUGCCGUAAUGGACGUUCGAUCCACAUAUCCGACGGCUACCAUCGGCCGACCACUUCGCCGGCGCUAACCUCUUCAACGACGCGUUUUAACCUAGCUCGGUUCAUUAUUUCCAGCAAAUGACGAGAUUAGCAUCUAAUGGAGAUAGUUUAGUCUGUUAAUCUCGCGCCUAUAAGUCGCCGACGGGAGAUUAGAGAGAGAUGUUUCUUUCAUUAUUGUCUUUCGCUGUAUGUCUUCCUUUAGUCUCCUCAGAUUAUCGAAUUUGAUUCCCGAUGGACUUUGGAUUCUGAAUCAGACAACUCUUUUUUGGAAAAUAAUGGUGUAGAAAAUAGAUUGCUGUUCAUUACUCUCAAGAAAUGAAGGGGAUGGCAAGCAUGAAACCUCAUUCAUGGUGGUGGAAUAGUUUUACUAGUCCAAGAAAUUCAAAAUGGUUGUCUGAAAAUCUUGAAGACAUGGAUCGCUUGGUCAAUGAAAUGCUGAAGCUCAUUGAAGAAGAUGGCGAUUCAUUUGCAGAAAAAGCUAAGAUGUAUUACCAGCGGCGUCCGCAAUUGAUCUCCCACGUUAAAGACUUCUACCGCGUUUACCGUGCUCUUCUUCAGCGUUAUGAUCAUGCCAUUGGUGAUUUGGCGAAGAAUAUCCCCUCCGAAAUCCAAUCCCAGUGUUCGUCCAACUGGUAUGAAUGCGCCAUGGAAGCAGCUUCAGCAUCUUUACCUUUGUCCCCAGCGAGAACACUGGAACCAAAGGCGAACCAUUUCAAGCCGCAUUGGAGAGCUGCUGGUUUCGAUUUCUUCCUCGGGUCCGGCCGAAGCUCCGAUCGUUCUAGAAAGGGUUCAGACGAGUCAUCAUCAGAAUCUGGUUCUGAAUCUGAUUAUAGCAAGAUUAUGGAUUCUUAUGAGCAUUCUUUUCAGCUUGAAAUGAGGAUAAUUGGUCUAGAGAACGAGCUUCAUGAAGCAAGGGAUAAGCUUCACGAAUAUAAGAAUGGCCCUAAGGAGCAGUGCGAAAAUCUGUUGAACGGUGAGGUUUUGGAUUUGUCUUCAACCACUUCAUCCAUGGAGAUGAACCUGCCUGUAUUUGCAAAUAGGAACUUCACUGCCUUGCAAAAACAGAUUGAAAUAUUUCAGACUGAUUCACCAGACCACCAAGUUGAUAUAAAAAAUCUCAUGGAAGCAAUGGAGACUGCUGCUAAGCAGUUUGAGAGCGAAAUUUCUAGCAGAGACCACAUAAUCAAGGAGUACAAAACAUGGCUUGGUGCAGUAUUGAAUGAAUCUAUGCAAUACAAGUCCUCUCUUAAAGCUGAGGGAAUAAGCACAAUUGCUGAAGAUGAAGAGGUUGAAGAUGAGAGAUCGCGUCUGGAAUUUAGAACUCUGGAGCAGGAGCAAACUAUCUUGGAGCUGAAGGCCAUGGCUGCUCAUUCUUCUAAGAGGCUUCUCCAAGAGAAGUAUGCGCUGGAAGCCAAACUUUCAAGUCUUGUGGUCUCUAGCAACGCCUACUGGGCAAAGCUUCAGGUUUUUGAGAAACGGGUGAAGCAAUUGGAGGCUGAGAAGAGUAAAGUAUGUGCAGAAACUGCGAAGCAGAUGAAUGAACUAACUCAAAGUCUUGAUGGAGUUAAGCUGAAAGUUGUCAGGUUAGAAUCAGAGAAUGAAGAGCUCAAAGCUCAAGUGAGCAAGCUUGUGGAGAAUGUCAGAGUUCAAGAUGACGAUUUAAGUAAAGCUGAUGAAAAUCUGCGAGAAUUAAAGGCGGAGAAUGCAAAAAUAAUACGAGAAUUAAAGGCGGAGAAUGCAAAACUAAUCCGAGAAUUUGAGGAGUCUCAAAAGGCCUCAGUAGAUCUGACAUCUAGAGUGAGAGAGCUUGAGGAUGAGGUGGAAAAGCAGAGAGUUUUAAUCAUGGAUGGUGCUGAGGGGAAGAGGGAAGUUAUCAGACAGCUUUGCUUCUCCAUUGAGCAUUAUCGCAUGGGAUAUCAGCAGCUGUGUAAGAGGUUGCAGAUACAAUAUAGAAGACCUGCAAUCAUGACCACUUGAUAGUAGAAAUGAAUAGAAACAUGCUGAUGAGGGUGACUACCUGCUUUGUAGAGACCUGCCUUUGGAAUUAGAAGACAUUGCAAUUUAUCUUGGAUCCUUGGAUGGUGAAUUCUGCAAGUUUGCUUGAUUUUAGCAUUUGAAUACUGACAAAUAACAUUUGGGUAAUCAGUACUGAUGUUGAAAUCCAUGAAAAGGAAUAUCAUUAGCUUCUUCACUCAGUACUUGAGAACAGUUUUUAAUAUCGUGUCCUUAGAAUUUGUGACCAUGUGUGUGAGUUUUUUGGAGAAGUUGGUAGUGAGCCUUCUCUAACUUGGAGACCCAAAGUUCAAAGCAUACCCUAACCACAAAUCUAGUUUUCAUUAUAGAUC